AAAUCGGUAGGUCACAUGGCAAACCCGCUAAGGUUUCGGAAGCCGCUCACUUCUCCCUCCUCGGCCGCCAUGUUGCUUCAAGGACUACGGCGUGCGGCAAGAGCCGCUAACAGACCUGCACUUUUAGCUCGUUCUUUACGACAGACCCAGCACAGAACUCUACCGGCUUGUUACCAACUUUGCAACCGGCGUUAUGUCUCAACGAACAAGCCGGUUUCUGCGGCGGCCGCUGCACAAGCGAGUCAGAAGUCGGCAAGCUCCCCCCCAGCCGCUCGACCUGGAGCUGUAGGCAAAGUUCUAGCUGUUAUUGGUGCCGUGGUAGAUGUGCAAUUCGAUGAAGACCUUCCACCUAUCCUCAACGCCUUGGAGGUCGAAAAUAGGACACCCCGGCUUAUUCUUGAAGUCGCUCAACAUUUAGGAGAGAAUACUGUAAGAACAAUUGCUAUGGAUGGUACAGAAGGUCUGAUCCGUGGCCAAAAGUGUGUCGAUACUGGUGGCCCAAUUACCAUCCCUGUCGGUCCAGAGACGCUUGGUAGAAUUAUCAACGUUAUUGGAGAGCCUAUUGAUGAGAGAGGUCCUGUGGAAACGGACAAGAGAGCAGCAAUCCAUGCAGAAGCUCCUGAAUUUGUAGAAAUGAGCACAGAGCAGGAGAUCCUGGAGACUGGCAUCAAAGUUGUAGACCUUUUGGCCCCCUAUGCUAAGGGAGGGAAAAUUGGUCUGUUUGGAGGUGCUGGUGUCGGCAAGACUGUACUUAUCAUGGAACUUAUCAACAAUGUUGCCAAGGCCCAUGGUGGUUACUCCGUGUUUGCUGGUGUGGGUGAGCGUACUCGUGAGGGAAAUGACUUGUACCACGAGAUGAUCAUGUCUGGUGUUAUUAACCUCAAGGACAAGAGCUCUAAGGUGGCACUUGUGUAUGGUCAGAUGAAUGAACCGCCAGGUGCUCGUGCCAGAGUUGCACUGACUGGGCUGACAGUUGCCGAGUAUUUCAGGGACAAGGAAGGGCAGGAUGUGCUGCUUUUCAUUGACAACAUCUUCCGAUUCACGCAAGCUGGUUCAGAGGUGUCUGCACUGCUGGGACGUAUCCCCUCUGCUGUAGGUUACCAGCCAACCCUGGCUACUGACAUGGGUACUAUGCAGGAAAGAAUCACCACCACCAAGAAGGGAUCAAUUACUUCAGUACAGGCUAUCUAUGUGCCAGCUGACGACUUGACAGAUCCUGCCCCUGCCACCACCUUUGCCCAUUUGGAUGCAACCACUGUACUUUCCCGUGGUAUCGCUGAGCUGGGUAUUUACCCCGCUGUAGAUCCUCUUGAUUCAACCUCUCGUAUUAUGGACCCCAACAUUGUUGGUACUGAGCACUAUGAAAUUGCUCGUGGUGUACAAAAGAUCCUACAGGACUACAAGUCCCUACAAGAUAUUAUCGCCAUCCUGGGUAUGGAUGAAUUGUCUGAAGAUGACAAGCUCACUGUUGCCAGGGCCCGUAAGAUUCAGAAGUUCCUCUCCCAGCCUUUUGUCACUGCUGAAGUGUUCACUGGUCAUGAUGGAAAACUUGUUCCUCUCAAGGAAACCAUUGUUGGCUUCAACAAGAUCCUUAAAGGUGAGCUCGAUCAUCUACCUGAGGUUGCAUUCUACAUGAUUGGUCCAAUUGAGGAGGCUGUUGCCAAGGCAGACAGACUGGCAGAAGAGAUGAGCUAAAUCCAGUAGGCCUGCAAGCUAGCGAUCCAAGUAAACCUGUCGUGUGUUCAUACAUUUUCUUUGUAUGCGAAGGGUUUUUUAACACCACAAUUGUUCAAUUAAUAAACUUUGUGAAAGGUAGUUUCUAGUGUGCUUACUGUGUAUUGGGAGAAUAAUUGUUUUUUUUUUGUAAAUUAAUUGGACAAUAAACAAUGUAAAGCCGCAA